AUCCCUGUCUGAAAGCGUCGCGCCCGGCGCAACGAGGGGCAACGCGGCUCUGUCAGCCGCGCCCCAGGAGGAGGGAAACGCGAGGGAUGCUCGGAACUCAGCACCUCGUCCGGCCCCGUGGCUUGUUUUUGUUAAGCUCUGACCUCUUUCCCGAAAAAGCGAUGAGCUAUGCUCAUGCACACCUCCUUGGCAACUUCCUGGAACUGACAACAGCAUUGUAUGCAUCUCUUCAUCCAGUCAUGCCAGUAGAAAACAGUGACAGGAAGGAUAAGAAAAAUGAUGAUCUAUGAAUUCCCUACAGGCAUGGAAGAAAAAAAUUUAAGCUGUUGAAGUCAAAAGUUACCAGAAGAAUGUCAAGUCUUAGAGAGGGAGUUGCCACCCAAGAAUUACUGGUAAGAAUCUGAGGAAGAUGGAAUCUUCUCUGAGAGGACAAAGGUAUAUAAUUUGGAAGAUAUGAAAUGACAGCUAAUGAGCAAUUUCUAAAUGGCUAGACUGGAUAACUCUGCUUUAGACACUGCCUGAUGUUGAUGUACUGGCAGAAAUCAUUUACCUGUGUAACUGAGAGCACAACUCAAGAAGUGUUUCCUGCUGCUGAAGUCUUUCAAAAAUCAGAUCGCCUCCAGAGGAGCAGCCCUGCCCAGUACUCAGCAUGUGGUGAAGCUCUGGUGUGAUAUAGAGAAUGGAGCAGCUGUCCGGCAGAAGGAAGCUGAGGAACUGCCUGUGUGUGGCCUUCAGGUGAGAAACGAGAGCUGUCUGGAAUGCGUGGAGAACUGGAGUUAACCUGCAGUGCCCCUCAACGGUCUGCUGGCUGCCUGCGGUGACUUAACUGCUUAGUGUGGCCACCUGCUUUGACCUUCCAUCUGUGACUGACUGGAGUCUCUGCCAGGUCUACUACUACCAAUCUGCCACUUGUACUUCAAAUUAAAUGAACAGUGACAGGCCAAGCUGAAACAUAUCCGUGGCUUUUUUCACCCCCCUCAGCCAGGUAUUAAGGGUUUUACGUGUAAUUCAAGCCCAUCACUUUGCUCUGGAGUUAAUUUCAAGAUCCAGUGACACACUGGCCUGUCCACCUGCUUGCUACUCGUGUCCAAAAAACACAGUUGAAAAACCGAAGUUCUGCAAGCGCAACAUCUUCUGCACUGAGGAAAAGUCCUUUUGGAGCUUUUGCCAUAUAUGAUGAUAGUGACUACGACCUCUCACCUUUUACUUUUUAAGAUCAGUGGGACAAGCCAACCAUGCUGAUGGUGUCUUUCCUGUAAGGUUGCUGUCUAGUUCCUUAUGAAGAUUGAGAAUAGUUUCUUAUGAGCCUCUGUAAUCUUCAACUGAGACUGAUGACAGAGAUUCCAGAUGACUGCUGCUCCAGUACUCUUCAGCUAUGAGGAAGAUGAAAGGAAGAAAGAGGGGAUGUUUCUUACCUUUAACCUUUGUCCUACUGUUUGUCUGUAUCACUGGGCAUGCAACUGAUGACUCUGAUGGUGAAGAAGAGGAUGUUCUGGGUGUUCCUUUACCACCACUGAAACUGGGGCAUUCAGACUGUGCCUUGAAAGCAGAUGAAGGUCCAUGCAAAGCAAUCCACGUGCGCUUUUACUUCAACAUUCAAAGCCGUGAGUGUGAAAUAUUUGAAUAUGGUGGAUGCCACGGCAAUGCAAACAACUUUCUAACUCUGGAAGAAUGUCAGAACAAAUGUGUGGUAACGGAAUUGCCUCUGGAGGUGAUGCUAGCAAAAAAUGAGAGAGAAAAGCCGAACUUCUGUUACCAGGAGAAAGAUCCUGGAAUUUGUCGAGGCUUUUUUUCCAGGUAUUUCUAUAACAAAGAGACAAAAAUAUGUGAAAUAUUCAAGUAUGGUGGGUGCCUAGGAAACCAGAACAACUUUAAGAGUUUGGAAGAAUGCCAGACUACCUGCCAAGGCAACCCAAAUUUACUGUCAGUUGCUCCAGAUGAAGAACAUCCUAACCAUAUGAACAGUAGUUCCCCAGAGGAAGAACGCAAUCAGUUUCCUGGGAUUGUUGAACCACCUCCUAUCCCUUCUUUAUGCAUGACUCCUAUGGAUAGAGGACUUUGUAGAGCUAAAGAGACAAGGUUUUUCUACAACUAUUCAACUGGAAGAUGUCGUCCAUUUACCUACAGUGGUUGUGGUGGGAAUGAAAAUAAUUUCACUUCCAGGAAAUCAUGUUUAAGAAUCUGCAGGAAAGGUAUGGGAACUGAUAUUGCCACAGACUAUCACAAAAGGCAAGUAUCAUGCAUGCUAUGGGCUGAAAUAUUCUUGCAAUUUUUAGUCGUAAGUAUUGGCCUGAUAGAAUGUAAUAGCUGAAAGUAUUGGCAAAGUACAACUGGCAAUCAGAAGAGAGAGCUAGAGAGAGAAGGAUGGACAAUAAAAUACUGUGUACAAGAACAGGAUGAUUAGCAUUGGUCGGUCAUAUGAAGACUUUAGGUAAGAUCGAAUGUUCCUUUUUUUUUCUCAAGAAUAUUUCUUGAAAACAAGACUGGUCUCAUUUGGGAUAAUCAUGGAUGUUAGUCAUACAGUCCUAACUUUGUCAUUUUACCUUCAGGAUUCAUUAAAAAAAAGGAUGGAAGAAGAUUAAUAAGAAUCAAGAAAAAAAAGAAACAGUUACUAAAGACCAAGACCGUGGGGGAGGAAACCAUCCAUGGAAGAAUACAGUUUUAAUUUUUAUGGAAAUGGGAAGUAAACUGCUAUUCACCUGUGAAUGAAAGCCUUUAGAAUGCACCAUUAAAAUAUAUUUACUGUACUGAUUAUUUUGAUUGCAUAUUAUUAAGGUGUUUAUAUUUUUAUUAUGUAUGCCUCAUUUGUGUUAAUAAACAUUACCUUGUACUUUGGAAAAGAGCUUUUAAAAUGUAGUUUGACAAUAUAAUUACUAAAGCUGAAACAGGACGUAAUAGGCUAUGUGGGUGUAGAACUCAUGAUUAGAAAGUAGAAAAGGUUCCAAUUUACUUUAUUUCCCCAUUCUUUUCUGAAAUCUAUUUUGAGCUUUAAAAAAAGAGAAAAAAAAAAAAGGUAAGCAUAAGACUUGUCGAAGAGUGAUCACUUGUCAUACACAAUUGUUUCAAUCCUAGAUUGAAACAGAGACCAAUUGCUUAAAAAAGGAAAUAAAAACUCAGUUUGUUUUAAUCAGAUUUAUUUUAGGUUAUGCAAGGUAGAUGUAACUCCAUUGAAGUGCAUAGACUUACACUAUUGUGCAAUGAAUGUGAAUUGGAAUUAACUCACUGAAACCAUUAAGA